AUGCAUUGUAGUGGUGAUGGAAUCCUAUAAAGACCCAAAUUGUCACUCGUUGAGCGAUAGUUUUUCGUUAUAUGAAAGAUAUUUAAGAAGUUUUAACGUAGUGAACAAUUUUGUUGAAGAAAAUUGCGACGCUGGUCCAACUGCGAACCGUGAGUACGACAGUUCCUGUGAAGGUAACAUUGACUUGUCCGUAAAUAAACAUUACGAAAUCACUGAAAAUGUAUGUAAUCCAAUAAACGCUACCGCGGAAAAUAUUGAUAAAGUACCUGCUUGUUUUCAAAGUGAUUUGUGUCCCAGAAUUGAAGAUACUAAUUUGACAUCUCCCGCGUCGUUGUUAGAAAACUCGAAUGCUACGGGUACUGCGGCUGAUUACAGCCACCUGACUGAGAAGUCUGACCACACGGAUGUGCCAGUAUCCUCCGAGGACUCGAAAUCGAACGGUUUCAAGCAGCCCGUAUUUAUAACCUCAACUAUGGAAAACAGCAACAAUGCAGUUGACAGUGUGCCUCUGUUCCGUGACACGACACCGUCUCAGAGCGUCUUCAAACUCCCAAUUAGCGAGUUAUCCUUCAACGGUACUAUAAAACAUGUGCAGAAACUGAAACCUAUUGUAGACCCUAUUACUGCAAUGACUUCUAGUGCUCGGUUGGUGUUAGAGGACAAGCCUAGUGUACAUUUCUUAAGUGGAAAAUAUGAAGCACAUUGUGGAGACUCCAACAGCAACAACAUGACGGAUUCUGAGCAAAGACAUAGUUCAGACAAACACACUGAUACAUCUAAUGCUAGUUCAGAUACAAAUAGGCUUGAUAAGGGCAAUGAGAGUACAGGAGACUCACAAUAUGAGGAGCUUAAUUACAAAAAUCUACAGUCAUUAGCUAAUGAGGAGGGAAGUGUGAAGUGGAAUUCUGAGCAAAGCUAUUCUUCACUUGAGGCAUCAUUUGACAGUGGUGUGAGGUCUCCAGACAUGUUUUCUGAUGAAGAUGCAGAGCCAGUCCCAGUUCAGGAGCCUUUCUGGAGUUUCUUGAAAGAUUUUGAAACUUAUGACAAAAGGAGGGUCAGGAAACUUGAGGAAACACUGCAGGGCGUGCUGCCCCCACCAUCGGUGACAACGGUCAAAACUGAUGUUACCGAGAUGCUCAAAAAGUACUACUAUCACCUCCCAGCUUUCACCGGAAAUGUCAAAGACUCUGCAGUAGUUAAUUCAUCUACACCCACUAAACGUGUCUCCUUCAUAGAGAUAUCUACUGAGUCUGUAACUGGAGACGCCUGCCUGAAGACCGCUAAUAUUGACAAGCCAAGGGACUCCUUGUCAAAUAUCAAUAAUUCAGAGCUAAAUAUGAGUUCUGAUAAAAGUAUUGAGCUGAAACUAUGUACUGAAACUGAAGUCAGAGAGACUACUUGGCCGGAUUUAUUGAAAUGCCGAUAUUAUGAUGUCUACUACAACUUAACACAGUACAUGGAGAAGUUGGAGCUACUUUCGCUUCGAUAUGGCGAACGGUUUGUGGGCGCCGAGACUGACACUAGCGUCAACAUAUACUCUGGAGGACUACAGUCACCCAGCAGCGCCAGCAAGAGGAAAGCAAUGAGGCUCAAAAUGGCCCAGGCGAAGUCGCCAGGGCGCCGCUUGUCACACCUGGCGCGGCGGCGGCAGGCGUUCUGCAGCGCAGCCACUAUCGGGGAGAAGGCGCACGCCUCCACCGCUAAGAUGGUUCUCAUCGACAAGAAUUUCUUCCCUCACAGGAAGUUGAUCAACUCGGCUGAGCGCAAGAGUCCACGGACAAGACGAACGCCGGGGAAGAAGACGCCAACGCGGAAGACUCCGGGAAAGAAAACCCCGGCCAAAACGCCGAAAAGCGGCGGCUCAACCAAGAAGAAGGCAAUGCGAAGAUUGCUUAUGGAUUCCGAUAGUAUGACAAGAUCGCAACCACGAGAAUCAAUGAUAAAACGGGCCCUAUUCAUUAGUCCAGAGAAUAGGAAACCAGUUCCCGCAGUGCCUAGCUCGUCAGUCCCGCUCCAGGCUAUGAAGUCCAAACGAGCGUUAUUCGGAUCGCCUACAACAGCUGAGACCAAAAGCCUGGAUGGCACGCAAAGUGACCAAUUCCUGAAGAGAAAGCGGGACAGGUUCGACGACGUGGACAAUGGCAGGAGUAAGAUCGCGAAGAGUUUGUCCUUCGGUGGCGACAGUAUCGGGACCUCGUCGCAACCCUCGCAUUCCUUCACCCGACGGGCCUCCGAGGUGUUCGCCUCCAAGAAUUCCGUGGAAUUGAACGAGACGCAUAAAAAGAAACUGCUCUGGGCUGUAUCGGAGGCUCUCCGCGUGCACGGCUGGCGCAUGUCCUCGCCAGGCUUCCGGGAGAAGGCCUCCGCCCUCGCGCGCCUCACGCGCCGCCUGCUGUCCCUGCCGCCCCACGCUGCACGGCUGGCUGCUCCUAAGGUGUCCACCUCGGAGACUAUGCUCAAACUCGCCCGCCAGUACGUGUUCGCGAUCAUCCAAGGUCGUACAGUCGAGGACUGCUUUGAAGAGGAACAGGUGAAGAUCGCCAACGAAUCUACCAAGAUCACCGGCUACAUAUCAGCCACUGCUUACCAGCAAUUGAAAACCAAACAAGCGACCAGCACACUCACCCUCACUUCACAAGUCAAAGAGAACUUCGACAAGCCAGUCAAACAAGAACAAUCUAGAAGCGCCUCAAAGAAUAUCCUCCAAGACAAACUAGUUAACAUAGACACGAAUUCCAACAGUAGCAGCGGCCUAAGCAUGAUAGACAAGGUGCCUCUGUUCAAGUCCAACUCUAUGCCGUCUUUCGAAGAAGCGGCUAAGAUGAGGGCGCGUCGGCAGAUCAGUUUUGACAACGUCGAGUUUCCCAAAAGGUGAAGUGUAGAAACAAGUAUUCGUUUUAAGUAGUUAAUUGAAUAGUACAUUAUGUAAGUCACGCUGUAAACACCUUAUUUGUGCAUAAUAUUAUUGUUGUAAGCUUAAAUGUUUAUAUGUACUGACACUGGUGCCUCCUAAGGCGGACACAAAGAUUACCUAAUUUUGGUUUGACAGCUUUUAAAUUGUUGCUGUCCUUCACUUACAAUACGUGCAAGAAGAACUUUAGUUGCCCGAAUCGACACCGUUGUUAUUUCUUAUAAGCACAACAGCCCCGAUUCCUGCAGACACCUAAUUUUAAAUUAUACCCGUCAUAUUCUUAUCCGCCGAAAAGGAAAGGGACGGAUGAUUGGCUAAUGUUAAUUUUAAAACGAAUGAAUAACCCGGGCUAAUUUAGUAGACAUCUCGCUGAUAUGCAAUCCGUUUCACGUGUGCUGUCAACUGAAUUCUCUCGGGUUAUUGGCCAAUAUAUAUUCACGAAUUCACGUGUGUUCCAUAAAUUUUAUGUCCUGUCGAUUACCCGUCCCUUAUCGGCGGAUAAGAAAAUGACAGGUAUAACUUAAAAUAAACUUAGAUGGUGUGUAUUGCUAUCAGCACCAUUGUCCGUUUAUUUGAAAUCGCAGUGCACUAGCGCAAAAUAUACUACAUAACGUAAGCAAAAAGACUAUUGGUAAUUUUAUAGUUUUGAUAUCACUUGCUUAUUUUCUACUAAAGACAAUUACUUCCUGGAUAGUCAUUAUUGAUUAGGAUAGCAAUUGUUUCUCUAUUCUAGAUGAAUGAUAAAUGUUGCUAUUAAUUUUUCUGUCUAACAGCGCUUGAGGCGUUUAAACGGCGUGCUUCAUGUAAUGUAUCUUGUAAUAGUUUACUGAAUCCUGAAAUAUAGUUUCUACAUCCUAUAGUUAUAAAUAAAUGUCAUAAAUUCUCGCUUCGCCGUUAAAAGAACUUCACAUAACUAGCUUAAAUAACUGUAAAUAAUUUAGUAUUAAAUAUUUAUUUCAUAAACAUAUUUUGACAUACAUAAUAAUAACUUUGUGGGUGAUUUUUUUUGUAUCAUUACUAUUUGUUUUUUUUUUCUAUUUUUAUUGGCUUUGACACUUAGAUAUUUUGUCGUCAUUUUCUAAAAGGGGUUUGUUCUAAAGUGCGUAAUGAUAUGAAGACAAUGAGAUAUAUUGCGUGCUUCCCUUGCUUAAGUCUGUUGUUUUGUCUUAUAAUAGUUUUAUUUUGUUGUGCAUGACAAAGGUACCUAUUUUCUUAGCAAUGAGUAGCAUAAAAAACUUACUUGUUUAUUGGUGUAAGUUAUAUGUCUAUUUGCACUAGACUGAAUAUUGUAUGGACUAAAUGAGUAAUGUACAUGAAUGUUUGUGUUACUAUUGCUGAGUUUGAUCUCAGGACGGCGUGAUGUGUGGAUCGGACGCAAUAAAUUAUUUCUUCAGUAA